AUGGCUGCAGUGGAGAAGUCAAGUGUGGACAAAAUGUCAUCCAGUAUGACCUCCAGUAUUACUGGAAUGGGGCUCGGUGGUAUUACAGGACUUGCUACCGCUUUGAAUGCACUAAGCUGCCAUUGUGAACAGCAAAUAACGAUCGGCGGAAUGCCUACCAACUAUGUCCCAGGAUUAUCCGCCAAUUACAACAUAUCAAGCUUUUGUCAACGUCCAGGACAGACUCGUCGAUGGCCGAUGCAGCGAGCGGGACCUACAGCUCAGUUUCGUGUUGGGCGUUCUCCAAGCACAGGCUUGCAACGACGCCUUAAAUAUUCGCCACGCAAUAGCCCCAAUACUCAGUAUUCACAUACUUUGAUAUGCAAGUUAGCCGAUCAAAAUGAACGUCGUCGCCGCCAAGAUGCAAUGGAGCUGAUAUCACAGAGUUUUUAUUCGCAGCUGCCUCUCAAAGUCGAGCUUACAGAGUUCUAUUCGCGAGACAACUCGAAGGAACAUCACACCGAGCUUUAUGAUUUGGUUAACGAUAAUGUAUUUCCCAAUCCAGUUCUAAGAAGAGGGCAAAAGUUUCUGUUUGCUGUACGCUUUGACAGGAUUUCAGAUAAGCAACUCGAUAUCAUACAUGUUGUCCUUUGCUGUGGUCCAAAACCCAGCGUUACGAAAGGUACACGAAUCGUUUUACCGGUGCAAUGGGUCUCACCACCAACAAUAUUCCACCACCCACGUGAUGUGAUUGGUUCUGGUAUUGGCAUGAGUGUGGGAUUACCUCGAAUGCAAUGCGAUGUCAGCACAAUUACGACCACAGCUGUGGGAACUACUGCAUCAAUGAGUCCCGUGAGCAGUGUAAGGGAGACAAAUAACUAUAAUGUUCGACGUAGCUCGUUUGGAAAUGAUCCACCGACAGUUCAGCCAAGUCCACUUAGUCCUCAUGGAGCCGUAGAUAGACCCAUAUUAAACGCAACACCUUCGGCCUACGGUCGCUCUCAGCAAGGCUCGGUCCAAAACUUAACACCUUCUAUACCGGAAUCAGAAAAAUGGGAUAUUAGCAUCCACAGACAGGACGGGAACACCAUAACAUUCCAAGUAACGAUUCCGCCAACAGCUCCCGUUGGCUUGUGGAAUUGCUGGAUUCAGACGAGUCGUUUGGGUCAACGCGAUAACCGUCACGAUUAUAAAUGCGAUGAGGAUAUUUACAUAAUAUUUAAUCCGUGGAGUCGUGAGGACACAGUGUAUAUGGAGAAUGAGGAAUCUAGGAAGGAAUAUGUGUUGAAUGAUCAGGGAAAAUUGUGGUGUGGGACAUGGCAUCAGCCGAUUGGUCGUAAAUGGAUAUUUGGACAGUUUGAUGACGUGGUUCUUCCCGCUGCUACAUAUCUCUUGGAGCGUAGUGGUUUGGAACACUCGGAUCGAGGGAACCCAGUACGAAUUUGCAGAGCGAUUUCGUCUAUGAUAAACGCAAACAGCGACGACGAUGGUUUAAUGGUAGGUAGAUACGAUGGUGAAUACAAAGAUGGUGUAGCACCACACGCGUGGACUGGGUCUGUUGCGAUUUUGGAGCGAUUCCUAACGGACGGGGGGCGCCCAGUUGAAUAUGGACAGUGCUGGGUCUUCUCUGGGUUAGUUGUCACGAUUUGCAGAGCGUUAGGAAUCCCCUGCCGUUCGGUAACGAACUAUGUGUCAGCGCAGGAUACGAACGGGACAUUUACAGUCGAUAAGUUUUUCGAUAAAGAGGGGAAUCUCGUACCAAACGGGCCCGAUGAGGAUUGCUAUGAUUCCUGUUGGAAUUUUCACGCUUGGAACGAUGUUUGGAUGCAAAGACCUGACCUUCCACAAGAGUUUCUAGGGUAUGGCGGUUGGCAAAUCAUUGACGCUACUCCUCAAGAGGAAGCUGAUGCAGUGUUCCAAUGUGGUCCAGCGAGUUUGGAGGCCGUUCGACGAGGGGAAGUAGGCUUUAAUUAUGAUACUGCCUUUGUCUAUUCCGAACUUAAUUCACAGCUGUGUCAUUUUCAAGAGGAAGAUGACUCUGAUUGGGGAUUUAUCAAAAUGGCUUCGAAUCAGCAACAGGUCGGUCGCAAAAUAGUAACGAAAAAUCCGAAUAUAGAAGACGAAGAAGGUGACAGUGAUUUACUUGAAAUAACCCAAGAAUAUAAACCUACGAAUGGUUCCGCGCCCGAUCGAAUGUCCGUUAUCGCUUCAAGUCGAGGCUUUCAACGUUUACAACAAAGUCAUGAAUCAAAUCAAAGUGACGAUGAUGUGACCUUUGACUUGAUGGAUAUUGAAACUGUGCCGUACGGACAGCCCUUUGACUGCUCUAUGAACAUCCAGAAUAAAUCAACGGAAGAUCGUACGAUACUUUGCAUAUUGACCGCGUCUUCAUGUUACUACACGGGCGCAAUCGCCUCUCGUUUGAGACGAGCCCAGGGAGAGUUCAUUGUACGUGCAGGACAAAGGGAAAUACUUAAACUGCACGUUACGUCACAGGAGUAUAUGGAUAAAUUGGUAGAUCACUCGAUGAUAAAGAUCCAUGCCAUGGCUUAUGUCAAGCAGACACGUCAGGCCUGGUCCGAGGAAGAUGACUUUCCCUUGCACAAGCCGAAGCUGCAGAUACAGACCAGGGGACCGCUGACAGUAGGUCAAGAUGGCACACUGGUGUUUAGCUUUCAGAACCCGCUGACAGUUCACUUGACAGAUUGUUACUUUAGUUUCGAGGGCCCUGGCAUACAGAGACCGCGUCAGGCCCGUUUCCGAGAUGUAAAACCUGGCGAGCUGGUCACAUACCAGGACAAGGUAUUGCCACGUCGCGAAGGAGAUAUUCACGUAGUAGCUACUUUCUCCUCACGCCAAAUUGAUGAGAUCUUCGGCAGUGCUGUCAUCAUUGUGAAGGGCUAG